CUCAGCAAGGCCAUUGUUGAAUUUGGAUGGGAAACGGAGCACAGGAGCAGGACAGACCUUGAAAGACCAGGGAAAGCAUAAAGAAAGGACUUCUGUGAAGCUGAAUGAGAGGCUGACUGUUAGAUCUCACAUCCCGUCUGUGUUUUUAAGAGUGCAGUUCAGGUUUAUACGACAGGGAGGGACAUACGAUUACUUCCCUGUGGGACCAGCAUCCAGGCUUCUGGCGGCAGUGUAAUGAAAUGAGCUUCACUGAAAAGUCACGGAAGUCUUGGAUUGAGGAAACCUUCUGCAAGAGAGAGUGUGUGAAGUUUAUCCCUUCCUCUCGGGACCUACACAGAUGUAUUCCAGUAUGUCAAGUAUGCCAAAGCCUGAUCAGAUGUUGUUGUGGCCGCCUGAUGGGGGAGCACUCUUGGCGAGAGUCGCCUCCUCCCAUAUCCCUCUGUCCUGGUCCUGGACAGGACAUGGAAGAGGACUGGUCCAUAGAGCUCCAUACCAAAGCCAGUCCCACCAACGCUUAUGGGACCAUAGACUUUCAAGAUACUGCCACACGCGUCUGUCGAGCCAAGUAUGUUCGUGUGGCUGUGGACUCAAAGGCAGAGGUACUGCUCCAACUGAUGCUGAAGGAAUGGCAGAUGGAGAGACCCAAGCUGCUGCUGACUGUCCAGGGAGGCUCAGAAAACUUCACCCUGCCUCCUAAAGUCAAGCAGGCCUUCAGCAAAGGGCUGAUCACUGCUGCCCUCAGCACAGGGGCAUGGAUACUCACUGAUGGCAUUAAUACAGGUGUGUCUAAGUAUGUGGGCGAAGCAGUGAAAACAUUCGGGAGCCACAACCUGAGGAAGAGGAACACAGUCGGCAUCACCCCGUGGGGUGUGAUUGAAAACAACAAGGACCUUAUCGGCAGGGAUCUGUUCAGGCCUUACCAGCCACUGGGGAACCCUCUGAGUAAGAGAGCCUGUCUCAAUGGUUUCCACUCCCACUUUCUGUUGGUGGAUGAUGGUACGCUGGGAAAACAUGGCUGCCAGCAAGGCCUCAGGAGGAAGCUGGAGAAACACAUCCAACUACAGAAAAUACACCCUCGACUGAAUCAGGGAGUGCCUGUGGUGUGUGUGGUGGUGGAGGGAAGCCCUGCUGUCGUGUCCACAGUGUUGGACUAUGUGAGCAAUGUGCCCCCUGUGCCGGUGUUAGUGUUCGAGGGCUCGGGCAGGGCUGCUGACCUGCUCGCCUUCUUACACAAGCAGACUGCUGUUGACAGACAGCUGGAUGAAGACAUUAAAGAGGACUUCCUCAUCAAGAUUGGAGAUGUGUUUGGGGUUGACAGAGCAGAGGCCUCUCACCUUUACAGUCUCCUCCUGCAGUGUAUGGAUCACAGACAGUCUAUAACCAUCUUUGACUCUGAGUCAGAGGACCAGAUGACACCUGAUGCAGCCAUCUUGACAGCUACUCUUAAGGGCACCAAGGCCAGUCCUGCAGAGCAGCUGAGUAUGGCUCUUGUCUGGGACAGGGCUGACAUUGCACAAAAAGACGUCCUGGUGUAUGGACAGCACUGGCAGGUGGGUUCCUUGGAGCAAGCCAUGCUGGAUGCUCUGCUGAUGGACCGCGACAGUUUUGUCAAACUGCUGAUUGACAAUGGCAUGACUAUGAGUCGCUUCCUCACGGUGGAUCGCCUCGAGGAGCUCUACAACACACCACAUGGGCAGACGGAUCGUUUCCUGCACCACCUUGUUGAAGAUGUGAAACAGACUUCUCUCCCCACAGGUUACCGUCUUUCUCUCAUUGACAUCGGUCUGGUGAUAGAGUAUCUCAUAGGAGGAGCGUACCGCAGCACUUACACACGCAAACACUUCAGAGCUGCCUACAGCCGCCUGCAAGAUAAAGAGGGAAGACGGAACAGCUCCACCUUCUUGUCUAAAAGGAGACGAGGAUUAAUACCAAACACUUCAAGGAGUCUGCAGGACCUGCAUUUCUUUAGAACUGCUCAGCCCUACAAACGCAAGGAGCAAGAUGCGUCACCCGGGAGCAGUCGAGAGAUCACGCUGAGCAUCGGCCUUGGUGAUUCUCCGCCUCUGGUUUCCUUCAACUUCAACGACCUGUUUGUCUGGGCGGUGCUUCAGCAGCGGCAGCAGAUGGCACUGUUCCUGUGGCAACAUGGCGAGGAAGCACUGGCACGUGCUGCAGUAGCCUGCAAGCUUUACCGCUCCAUGGCCUUCGAGGCACGACAGAGUAGCAUGGACGACAACAUCGCAGAUCGAUUCAAGUCAUAUUCCCUUGAGUUUGGUCAGCUGGCGGUGGAUGUGUUAGACUGUGCAUUUCGUCAGAACGAGCAGAUGGCCAUGAAGCUGUUGACUUCAGAGAUGGAGGCAUGGAGCCACUUCACCUGUCUGCAGAUGGCUGUCUCCUCAUGUCACAGACCAUUCGUCUCACACUCCUGCACCCAGACCCUCCUCACAGAUCUCUGGACCGGUCCGCUCAACAUGAGAAAAAACUCCUGCUUGAAGAUAAUUUUGAGCCUUCUUCUGCCCCCUGCCAUCUUGCUACUUGAGUUUAAAAGCAAAGCUGAAAUGUGCCAUGUACCACAGUCCCAUGAGGCAAUACUGUUUGGACUUGACUCUGUGAAGCCAGCCCACGAGGGAACUGAUCACACGGGCAUUCAGGAUGCUGAGCAAGGCCUGUCUUCUCAUAACAAAAGUCUCGGUCCUGUGUCAGAAACGUUGUCCUCUAUGAGUGCGCAAUGUCUUUCCUGGAUCAAAAGACUCUAUGAAUUCUACACAGCUCCUGUUGUCAAGUUCUGGUUUCACACGAUUUUCUACUUGGCCUUUCUGAUGAUGUUCUCCUACGUUGUCCUGGUGAAGAUGGGCGAUCAGCCCAGUGUUCAGGAGUGGCUGGUCAUAGCGUACAUUUUGUCCACUGCAGUGGAAAAAACCAGAGAGGUGCUAAUGUCUGAGCCAAGGAAGCUGAGCCACAAGCUGAAGAUUUGGUUCUCAGAGUACUGGAACAUGUCAGAUUUCGUUGCCAUCCUGCUCUUCCUGGCUGGACUGGCAAUGCGCUGGCAUGUUGGUCCCUACCGGACGGCAGGGCGCAUCGCUUACUGUCUGGACAUCAUCUUCUGGUUUGUCAGGGUGACAGAUCUGCUGGCUGUCAAUCAGCAUGCUGGUCCUUACCUCACCAUGAUCACUAAGAUGACCAGUAAUAUGUUCUUCAUCGUGGUGAUGAUGGCAAUAGUGCUGCUGAGCUUUGGGGUCUCCAGGAAGGCCAUCCUGUCACCAGAUGAGGAGCCGUCCUGGAGCCUGGCUCGAGACGUUGUCUUCCAGCCCUACUGGAUGAUCUAUGGAGAGGUCUACGCAACAGAGAUAGAUCAAUGUGACGGUGGUAAACCAUGUCCUCCUGCUUCAUUUCUCACGCCAUUCCUCCAGGCUGUCUAUAUGUUCUUCCAGUAUAUCAUCAUGGUCAACAUUCUUAUUGCAUUUUUUAACAACAUCUACUUUGACAUGGCAUCAACGUCCAAUAAACUGUGGAAGUACAAUCGUUAUCGCUACAUAAUGACGUAUCAGGACAGGCCAUGGCUGCCUCCGCCCCUUAUCCUCCUUAGUCACAUGGCCCUGGGUUUGACAGCCGUCUACAGGAGAUGUAGUGGAGAUGCUGAGCGGGAGGAGAGAGGCUCUGGACUUAAGCUCUACUUGGGCCAUGAGGAUUGUAAAAAGCUCCAUGAGUUUGAGGAGAAAUGUGUACAGGCCUACUUCCAUGAGAAGAGUGAAAGUCUCCACGGCAGUCAAAUUCACAGGAUCAGAGCCACAGCUGAGAGAGCAGAAGAGAUGCGCAUGGUAGUGGGGGAAGUCUCAGAGAGGGUCAACUUCAUUCAGGACAGCAUGUCGGAGUUGGACUGUCAGCUGGGUCAACUCCAGGACCUUUCGGUGCAGGCCGUGGACACUCUCACGCUGCUCUCUGCCUCUGACAGCCUUCAACUGGAGGAGGCGCGCCUGGCUCAGUGUCGACCCCUCACGGCUUCCCGGCACAUCCUUCCUCACAGCUUGACCCUCCCGCACAGAAAUGGAGCAGACUCUGAGGUGCUUAAUAUGCGACGGUUAAUGGCGAAGUCAUGUAAAAGUACCCCACCUUCUUUGCUGAAGGGCUACACUCUGGCGACGAGUAGACUGGCAUCACAGGAGUGCAAUGUCGGAGCCAGGGGGAGCAGGGGAGGAAGACAAGAACACGCUGAGGAGGGAGAGGAAAGAGGAAAGGAGGAUUCACAGUCUGCCACUGCUGAACAUCCCAGUGAGAAGUUGCUGGGAGCUUCUCGACCUGUGUCCCAUGCUUCUCUCUCUCACUUUCAUGGAGUUCAUCUCGGUUUCAUGUGUGAUUCCUGUGGACCGUCCUGCAGUGCGUCUUCUCUUCCUCCCAGAGGCUUGGAGUCACCACAUCAUAAACUCUGGACAUGUGACCCAUACCUAUAUCCCAGUCGAGGGGAGACUUCCAUGGAAGAGGAAGAGGAGGAAGAAGAAGAUGAAGAAGAGGAGGAAGAGCAAGAAGGGGAAAGGACACAGGAACAGCUGUCGGACAUAGCAGUAUCCAAAGCUUCUAGCAAUGCUCUCCUUCUGUCUGACCCUCAAGACAUCUCUGAGGGUUUGGUUAAUCCUGCCUUUUCUCAGGACAAUAGCCAACCAGGUUCUCGCUCCAGAUCUUCCAGCCAGUGGGUAAGACCUGGGAAAUCCCCCAGGUGGGCAUGUCUGUCCAGAGACCGUCCCUACGGCUACUGCAGGUCUCUGUCAUCCAGCGUCGAAAAUAUGACUUUCUCUGGGGCAACACUCAGUCCAACGAGGGGAUCAUUUCCCUCUCUGAAUGAACCGAUGAACAAAGAGAGUCUGUCCAGUGGGAGGGGCUUUAAGGACGACACAUCGCUACAGUGCUUCAAGAGCAGAGAGUGGUCCAAGUCCUCUGACUUCACUCAAGUCUUGGACAGCAGAGGCAAAACCCAGACCCGGAAGGCAGUGAAGAUACAAGAGAGCAGUCCAGACACUGUAACCAUGCAGUCCCAUUUAUCAGAUGCCUGCUGGAGAAGGUGGCGGUGGCUGAGAGGAGAACCUACAUGCUGGUCGGCUUCAACCAGCCUCAGUCAGCUCAAUUUUGAACCUAUGGACUUUUUUCAGAAGAAAGUGUUUUCCCAUCAGGAUGUGUGGAGCCCCACUCAUUCAGCAUGGAACAGCUGGGCCAGAUCCAUGAGCCACAGUUUACAGAGUGGUUUUACCCCUGAAGCCAAGAGCUCCUCAUUCCAGUCCACUGAAAAUUUGUAUCCACACUAUUCAGCCAUGGAGAGAAACAAUCUGAUGAGACUGGCUCAUACCAUCCCCUUCACUCCUGUUUCCAUUUUAGGAGGUGAAGAAGUGAGCAUCUACUCUCUGGAGGAAGUGCCCUCUGAUGCUGACCCUGAAUCCAGCGCAGUCUCCUCCUGGUCGUCACGAGGUCUGUCUGCAAUGCUGCAGCCCCUCUCCAGUGAGGAGGGCUCUCUGGAUGGGGGGCUCCGGCUCGGCUGCAGGGUGUUGUGUACUUGGGCGGAAAGGGAGGUGCUCAGGCCUGGUCACGUAUAUGUGGUCAAAGCCUUCAGGCCAGAGGUGGUCCGUGCCUGGCAGAGGUACUUCCACGGUAGCACGGCACUGCAGCUUUGUUUAAGGGAGAUCCAGCAGCAGAGAGCAGCCCAGAAGAUGAUGCAAGUGUUCAAUCAGGUCAAACCCAAAGAUAUGCACCAUUCACCAAGAUUUCUUGAUGUAUGGCUGGUUCUCUGGCAUUCAAAUGGUCAGUGGCUGACUAUUGAGAGAAACAUGUCUGGUGACUUCAGGAAGUACAACAACAACACAGGAGAAGAGAUCACCCCCUACUGUUCACUGGAAGAAAUGCUGCUGGCGUUCUCGCACUGGACCUAUGAGUACUCCAGCAGAGAGCUGCUGGUGCUCGAUAUACAAGGAGUAGGAGAGGAGCUGACUGAUCCAACUGUCAUUAUGGCUGAUGACCACAGUGGUAGCAGGGGUGAGAUGCUCUUUGGUCCCGAUAACCUUGGAGAUGCUGCCAUCAACGGUUUCCUGCAGAAACACUCCUGCAGUGUCUGCUGCCGCAGACUGGGCUUAGAAGAUUUCUCCAACAAAUCAAACCAAAUUAUUCAUGCUGGAUGCGUGGACUUCCUCCCAGGCCUAUUUAAGGAAGCAUCUGGACAGCUGCAAGAACAGCAGCGAGGCAGAGCCGACGUCGGAGAAAGAAGAACAAGAGGACUAUGAAAGCGGGGUGUAACCUCUGACCCAGGAAGUAGGGAAAAAAAGACACACGCUCACAUGUACCAAAACAUGUUUGACCAAAGAAACACUAUACAAAUACUGUGUAGGUGAACUGCACCACACCUUCUUCCUUCACAGUAGAAACAAGGUGAUAGAACAGCAAUAUUUCAUCAUGAGCCGUCUAUGAUUGGAUAAUAUGUUGUAAUUUGCACUAAGGAUGCUAAUAUAUUUUUUCAAUUUAUUCAGUAAAUACUGUCAGGAAGACAGAUGUGUUGCAGAGUAUAUUUAUAAAAAGAGUUUAUUUCUUUAUGCUAAAACUCAUGAAUCAUUAUAAGAAACACAGGAGUAACAGAUUUCUUGACAAUAGUGUAAAUGACAAUUUUUUGUACUUUUAUAAAUGUUUUGAUAUUGAGACAAUUACUGUUGACAAUUACAUUAUGGAUUUAUUUACCAGGAGAAACUUGUUCCAUGUUUGGCUAAUAUAAAAAGUUAAAUGUUAUAAUCUAACAAUGUGUAUGCAUGAGACACAAAACGAGGCAGAAAUGCACCCAUAAAAUUUCUUUUAUUUUUUUUUCUUCCCACAACAAAAUGUCUACAAAAGCGAUAAAAUAUAGAAUUUAACAAAAAUCACUUCAGACCUUCACAUUGUAUAUACAUCUCAAAGGAGGACUCACUAAGGGCCCUGCAUUGCUCUGAACUUCCACCCAGUCAGAUCCAUCAAAUGUGGGUGUUUGCGGCUCUUUUAAAUGCAAAUGCAUGCAUGCACACGCGCACUCUUUCAUUCUCGUGUGAAAAUGAAAACUGUACAGUAGAGCUCAUGGAGUUAUAGUAGAGUCAGAGUUCAGAGUCAAGCAGAGUCCCCUCUCACCAAAUGAAAAAAGCAUAAAAUGUAAAAACAGUUUGUCAGUGUAAUCAAAUACACAUUUUCCGUGGAGUUCCCCUUUUUUUUGAUUGGUUUCUCAAGUAAACUCACACAGUAAAGCAUCUACGCCCCACUCUGCCAAUCCCUCGUCUCCUCACUAGCUAUGGCACUUUGAAAACAAAAAAAAAAGUCAUUUUUUUGUGUUUUUUGUUUUGUUUCGUUUUGUUUUGUUAGUCCUGUGUAAAAGAGGUUCUGUAGCCCAAGCACCUUUUAGGUUUCGGUUACAGAUUGCUACAUUUUGUUUUAUUUGCUCUUGCUGGGACGCAAAGACAUUCUAAACAAUAAAUUAACAAUUUUCAACACUA